AUGCUUUCUUUUCUUCAGGCUGACUUGACAGGAAUUAAAUGGAAAAGAUAUGUAUGGCAAGGCCCAACUUCUGCUCCUAUUCUGUUUCCGGUGACAGAGGAAGACCCCAUUUUGAGCAGUUUUAGUCGAUGUCUUAAGGCAGAUGUACUUGGUGUUUGGCGGCGAGAUCAAAGACCUGGAAGAAGAGAAUUGUGGAUAUUUUGGUGGGGUGAAGACCCUAAUUUUGCUGACCUUAUUCACCAUGAUUUAUCAGAAGAGGAAGAUGGAGUGUGGGAGAAUGGACUUUCUUACGAGUGCCGUACUCUGCUUUUCAAAGCAGUUCACAAUCUAUUGGAGCGGUGUUUAAUGAACCGGAACUUUGUACGUAUUGGCAAGUGGUUUGUAAAACCUUAUGAAAAAGAUGAAAAACCUAUAAAUAAAAGUGAACACUUGUCCUGCUCUUUCACCUUUUUCUUGCAUGGAGACAGCAAUGUGUGUACCAGUGUGGAAAUUAACCAACAUCAACCUGUAUACCUUCUUAGUGAAGAGCAUAUCGCCCUUGCUCAACAGUCUAGUAGCCCAUUUCAAGUUAUCUUAAGCCCAUUUGGACUAAAUGGCACUCUCACAGGACAGGCAUUCAAGAUGUCUGAUUCAGCUACAAAAAAAUUAAUUGGUGAAUGGAAACAGUUCUACCCUAUCUCAUCUUGCUUGAAGGAGAUAUCUGAAGAAAAACAGGAAGAUAUGGAUUGGGAAGAUGAUUCUUUAGCUGCAGUAGAAGUUCUUGUUGCUGGUGUUCGAAUGAUCUAUCCAGCUAGCUUUGUUCUAGUUCCUCAGUCAGACAUUCCAACUCCCAGCUCUGUGGGAUCCUCUCAUUGUUCAGCUUCUUGCUUGGGUGCCCAGCAAGUGCCUGCUUCCACAAGAGAUCCUGCUAUGUCUUCGGUUACUCUUACACCACCUACAUCACCUGAGGAAGUCCAAACAGUUGAUGCUCAAUCUGCUCAGAAGUGGGUUAAAUUUUCUUCAGUAUCUGAUGGCUUCAACUCUGAUAGUACUAGCCACCAUGGUGGAAAAAUACCUACAAAAUUAGCAAAUCAUGUGGUGGAUAGAGUUUGGCAAGAAUGCAAUCUGAACAGAGCACAGAACAAGAGGAAGUAUUCAGCUUCAUCUGGUGGUCUGUGUGAAGAAGAGACAGGCAAUAAAGUAGCAUCCUGGGAUUUUGUUGAAGCUACACAAAGAACAAGUUGCAGCUGUUCAAGGCACAAAAGUCUCAAAUCAAGAAAUCCUGGACAGCAAGGACCAGCAUCAUUGUUAGGUCAGCAACAGCAAGUACUUCCUAAGCACAAGACUAAUGAGAAGCAAGAAAAGAGUGAAAAACCACAGAAACGCCCCUUGACUCCCUUUCACCAUCGUGUAUCUAUUAGUGAUGAUGUUGGCAUGGACACAGAUUCAGCUAGUCAAAGACUUGUAAUCUCUGCUCCUGACAGUCAAGUGAGAUUUUCAAAUAUCAGAACUAAUGAUGUAGCAAAGACUCCUCAGAUGCAUGGCACUGAAAUAGCAAAUUCACCUCAACCACCCCCACUUAGUCCUCAUCCGUGUGAUGUAGUUGAUGAGGGAGUAACUAAAACACCUUCAACUCCUCAGAGUCAACAUUUUUAUCAAAUGCCAACGCCAGAUCCUUUGGUUCCUUCUAAACCAGUAGAAGAUAGGAUGGACAGUUUAUCUCAGUCUUUCCCAACUCAAUUCCAGGAAGCUGUAGAACCUACAGUAUAUGUUGGUACAGCAGUAAACUUGGAAGAAGAUGAAGCUAAUGUAGCCUGGAAGUAUUACAAGGUCCCAAAGAAAAAAGAUGUGGAGUUUUUACCACCUCAGCUUCCAAGUGAUAAAUUCAAGGAUGAUCCAGUUGGACCUUUUGGACAGGAAAGUGUAACAUCAGUUACAGAGUUAAUGGUGCAAUGUAAGAAACCUUUAAAAGUUUCUGAUGAACUAGUGCAGCAAUAUCAAAUUAAAAAUCAGUAUCUUUCAGCAAUAGCAUCAGAUGCAGAGCAAGAACCUAAAAUUGAUCCAUAUGCAUUUGUUGAAGGAGAUGAGGAAUUCCUAUUUCCUGAUAAGAAAGAUAGACAAAAUAUUGAGAGAGAACCUGGGAAAAAACACAAGGUAGAAGAUGGAACAUCUAGUGUAACAGUGUUAUCACAUGAAGAAGAUGCAAUGUCAUUAUUUAGUCACUCUAUCAAGCAAGAUGCUCCACGCCCUACUAGUCAUGCCCGACCUCCAUCAACCAGUUUGAUUUAUGACUCAGACUUGGCUGUCUCUUAUACUGACCUGGAUAAUCUCUUCAAUUCUGAUGAAGAUGAGCUAACACCUGGAGCUAAAAAAUCAACGAAUGGAUCAGAUGAUAAAUCCUGCUGCAAAGAAUCAAAAGCAGGAAAUCUGGACCCAUUAUCUUGCAUAAGCACUGCAGAUCUUCAUAAGAUGUAUCCUACACCACCAUCAUUGGAACAGCAUAUUAUGGGAUUUUCUCCAAUGAAUAUGAAUAAUAAAGAAUAUGGUAGUAUAGAUACAACACCUGGAGGAACUGUUCUGGAAGGAAAUACUUCUAAUAUAGGAGCACAGUUCAAAAUAGAGGUUGAUGAGGGAUUCUGUAGCCCAAAGCCUUCUGAAAUUAAGGAUUUUUCUUAUGUCUACAAGCCUGAAAAUUGUCAAGUUCUCGUGGGAUGUUCCAUGUUUGCACCUCUUAAAACUCUACCAAGCCAAUGCUUGCCUCCUAUCAAAUUACCAGAAGAGUGUAUUUAUCGUCAGAGUUGGACUGUUGGAAAAUUGGAAUUGCUUCAUUCAGGGCCUGCAAUGCCAUUCAUUAAAGAGGGCGAUGGAAAUACUGUGGAUCCAGAAUAUGGCCCUGCUUAUACACCUCAAACUCAUACUUCUUUUGGGAUGCCUCCUAGCAGUGCACCUCCUAGUAAUGGUGGAGCAGGAAUUCUUCCUUCUCCAUCCACCCCUAGAUUUCCGACUCCAAGGACUCCAAGGACUCCAAGGACGCCUCGUGGAGCUGGUGGGCCUGCUAGUGCUCAAGGUUCUGUCAAAUAUGAAAAUUCGGACUUAUAUUCACCAGCUUCUACACCUUCCACAUGCAGACCCCUUAAUUCUGUUGAACCUGCAACUGUCCCUUCCAUCCCUGAGGCACACAGUCUUUAUGUAAACCUCAUCCUUUCAGAAUCAGUUAUGAAUCUGUUUAAAGACUGUAACUUUGAUAGUUGCUGUAUCUGUGUCUGCAACAUGAAUAUCAAGGGUGCCGAUGUUGGAGUUUACAUUCCAGAUCCAACGCAGGAAGCGCAGUAUCGGUGUACCUGUGGGUUCAGUGCUGUCAUGAACAGAAAAUUUGGAAACAAUUCAGGAUUAUUUCUUGAAGAUGAACUAGAUAUCAUAGGACGCAACACAGAAUGCGGCAAAGAAACAGAAAAACGUUUUGAAGCUCUCAGGGCUACUUCUGCUGAACAUGUUAAUGGAGGACUAAAAGAAUCAGAAAAGUUGCCAGAUGAAUUGAUAUUAUUACUACAAGAUCAAUGCACUAAUUUAUUUUCACCCUUUGGAGCAGCAGACCAAGAACCUGUCCCCAAAAUUGGUAUAAUUACCAAUUGGGUACGAGUUGAAGAACGGGACUGUUGCAAUGACUGUUACCUUGCAUUAGAACAUGGGCGUCAGUUCAUGGAUAAUAUGUCAGGAGGAAAAGUUGAUGAAGCACUUGUAAAAAGUUCCUGCUUACAUCCUUGGUCCAAAAGAAAUGUUGUAGAUGUGAGUAUGCAGUGCUCACAGGAUAUACUUCGAAUGCUCCUUUCUCUUCAGCCAGUUCUUCAGGAUGCUAUUCAGAAAAAAAGAACAGUACGGCCUUGGGGGGUUCAGGGUCCUCUCACUUGGCAACAGUUUCAUAAAAUGGCUGGCCGAGGCUCCUAUGGAACUGAUGAAUCCCCAGAACCACUGCCAAUACCCACAUUUCUGUUGGGUUAUGAUUAUGAUUUUCUGGUGCUUUCUCCAUUUGCUCUCCCUUACUGGGAGAGACUUAUGCUGGAACCUUAUGGAUCUCAAAGAGAUAUAGCCUAUGUUGUACUCUGUCCAGAGAAUGAAGCCUUGUUAAAUGGAGCUAAGAGUUUUUUUAGAGAUCUUACUGCAAUAUAUGAGUCCUGUCGUUUAGGUCAGCAUAGACCUAUUUCACGACUGUUGACAGAUGGGAUCAUGAGAGUUGGAUCUACUGCAUCAAAGAAACUGCCAGAAAAUUUGGUAGCAGAAUGGUUUUCUCAGGCAGCUGAUGGUAACAAUGAAGCAUUUUCUAAACUCAAGCUUUAUGCACAAGUCUGCAGAUAUGACCUAGGUCCUUAUCUUGCUUCCCAGCCAUUGGACAGUUCUCUACUUUCCCAGCCAAAUUUAGUUGUCCCUACAAGCCAGUCUUUGAUUACUCCACCUCAGAUGACAAGUACUGGAAAUGCUACCACCACUCCAUCCACCACCCAAGCAUCUGCAGCGAGCAGCACUGUGACAUUGACUUCAGGUGGUGCCAUGUCUUCUUCAGUUGCCACAGCUAACUCAACUUUGACCACAACGUCAACUUCAUCAUCAUCAUCCUCCAGCUUGAAUAGUGGAGUCUCAUCAAGUAAACUACCUUCAUUUCCACCUUUUGGCAGUAUGAACACUAGUGCUGCAGGAUCCAUGUCUACACAAACAACCACAGUUCCAAAUGGCCAGUUCGGAGGGCAGCAGUCAUCAGCUCUGCAACCAGCUGGGGCUUCUGGAGAGUCAUCUUUGCUUUCUACUCAGCCCCAUCCUGAUGUGUCUGAAAGCACAAUGGAUCGGGAUAAAGUUGGAAUACCUACAGAUGGUGAUUCACAUGCAAUCACCUAUCCACCUGCAAUUGUUGUUUAUAUAAUUGAUCCUUUUACAUAUGAAAAUAAAGAAGAGAAUACUAAUUCUUCUAACGUAUGGACUUUGGGGCUACUUAGAUGUUUUUUGGAAAUGGUCCAGACUCUUCCUCCUCAUAUCAAGAGUACUGUUUCUGUACAGAUUGUUCCUUGUCAAUACCUGUUGCAACCUGUGAAGCAUGAAGAUAGGCAAAUCCAUACCCAGCAUUUAAAAUCUCUGGCUUUUUCGGCCUUCACCCAGUGUCGGAGACCACUUCCAUCAUCAACCAAUGUGAAAACACUGACUGGUUUUGGCCCAGGUUUAGCCAUGGAAACCGCUCUUAAAAGUCCUGAUAGACCAGAGUGCAUUCGACUUUAUACGCCUCCAUUUAUCCUGGCUCCUGUAAAGGACAAGCAAACAGAGCUUGGAGAAACUUUUGGAGAAGCUGGUCAGAAGUACAAUGUUCUUUUUGUGGGCUACUGUUUAUCACAUGAUCAAAGAUGGAUUCUUGCAUCUUGCACAGAUCUUUAUGGAGAACUUUUAGAAACUUGUAUCAUUAAUAUUGAUGUUCCAAACAGAGCUCGUCGGAAAAAAGGUUCAGCUAGAAGGUUUGGACUACAGAAGCUCUGGGAAUGGUGUUUAGGACUUAUACAAAUGAGUUCAUUACCAUGGAGAGUUGUAAUUGGUCGCCUCGGAAGGAUUGGUCAUGGAGAAUUAAAAGAUUGGAGUGGUUUGCUGAGUCGUCGAAACUUGCAGUCUUUAAGUAAAAGGCUCAAAGAUAUGUGUAGAAUGUGUGGUAUAUCUGCUGCAGACUCUCCCAGCAUUCUCAGUGCUUGCUUAGUAGCAAUGGAACCCCAAGGCUCUUUUGUUAUUAUGCCAGAUGCUGUGUCAACUGGUUCUGUUUUUGGAAGGAGCACCACUCUCAACAUGCAGACAUCUCAGCUAAAUACCCCACAGGACACAUCGUGUACUCAUAUACUUGUGUUCCCUACUUCUGCGUCUGUACAAGUAGCUUCAGCUACAUAUACCACUGAAAACCUAGACUUGGCUUUCAAUCCCAACAAUGAUGGAGCAGAUGGAAUAGGUAUCUUUGAUUUGUUAGACACAGGAGAUGAUCUUGACCCUGAUAUCAUUAAUAUCCUUCCUGCAUCUCCAACUGGGUCCCCUGUACAUUCUCCAGGAUCUCAUUACCCCCAUGGAGGUGAUACUGGCAAGGGUCAAGGAACUGAUCGGCUACUUUCAACAGAAUCUCAUGAUGAAGUAACUAAUAUUCUUCAGCAACCCUUGGCUCUUGGUUACUUUGUAUCAACUGCCAAAGCGGGUCCAUUACCUGACUGGUUCUGGUCAGCAUGUCCUCAAGCACAAUAUCAGUGUCCCCUUUUUCUUAAGGCCUCUUUGCACCUCCACGUGCCUUCAGUGCAAUCUGAUGAGCUGCUUCACAGUAAACACUCCCAUCCACUUGACUCAAAUCAGACUUCAGAUGUCCUCAGGUUUGUUUUGGAACAGUACAAUGCACUUUCCUGGCUAACCUGUGACCCUGCAGUCCAGGACAGACGCUCCUGUCUCCCAAUUCACUUUGUGGUGCUGAAUCAGUUAUAUAACUUUAUCAUGAAUAUGCUGUGAUCAUCAUCUGAUGGAACUGUGCAAGAAAAGAACAAGGAUAAAGGCUAUUUCACUGCAGGAUUAAGUUGCAAUUAUUUUCUCAGUGAAAGUCAUUUGUGAUGGGGGCUAAUUCUUAUUACUUCAACAAAUAUUGUUUUGACUUGGGGAGGGGGUAGCUAUAGCCCUGCUAUUUUUCAUUGAUUAUACCGAACACUUAAGGAUGACAAGUGAUCAUACAAAACGUAUUAUAACAUUUUCGUAGCAAAAAUUAACCUUUUUUUCCAGUCACAGUAUUUGUGAAAAGUAAUGAGCCAUAGUACCCAGUCAUGUUAAAUGAAUAUUAAAAGCAUGGAAAGGAAACAUGAGGAACAAUGAAUUUCAACUUAUGGCUUCAGAACAUCAAGAUGUUCUUGUAUUGGAUUAUAGUACCUAGUAUUCAAAAUGCCUGCAUCUCUUAUUUAUUGUAAGUUUUUAAAUGUAAAAUUGUCUUAUAUUUCUUAACCUCUUUUAUAAAAAUUUUCCUAGAAGGUUUAUACUGCCUUCUUGCUUUAAAGCAAUUGGUCUAAAAUAUAUGUAAUCGUCUUAAUUAAAAAGUUGCAGUAGGGUUGCUUUUAGAGUAUUAUUUUUUUGUAAGGGGUGGGUGGGACAGUAAAUUUGUAUUGUCUCAAUGUACAGUUUAAUGGGGCUAGAGAGGGAAUAAUGUCCAUGCCAUUGUGUGUGGAGGAUUUACAGCUAAGCUGUAGUUGCAGAGUACAUGUACAGGAAUGAAGCUCACUGUGUUUAUAAAUGGAAAAGGUACCGGGUCUGACAACAUUUUAUAUAUCACAUCUCUACAGAAUCACAUGAUGGCAAUAUACAAGUGAUAUUGUUAGGUGGUUUAACUUAGAAUAAAAUGAGAAUUCUUCAGUUAUAUUUUGUACUAUGAUUUAGGGCUAUGACUAAUAUUUCAGGCCAUUUCCAGUGAAAGAAACUUAGUUUUACAAGAAAAACAUUUGCUACUGAAUGCUUAAACUAAUUUUGGUGUUUAAUGUUACAUGCUUAAAUGUUUUUCAGUUUCAACAGUGGCACAUCUAGGCAUGGGUAUAUUAUUAAGAAAUUUAUCUCUGGAUCUACUAUAAGGUUGAAAUUUAGCCCAGCUCUAGGCAUUUUACAAAUUAUUUUAAGAGAGGUCACUCUUGAUUGUUUGACUUUUUUUUUUUUUAAUUAAAGAUUGGGAAUGUGUGUGAGUGCGUGCGAAUGUGUGUGUGUGAGAGUGUGUGCAAUCAAACUGUGGUGUAAAUAUAUUCUCGGUGAAUUCUGGUAUUCAAACUCUAUUCCACUAGUGAAAGAACCAUUUUCUAAACAACCUGUUCCCCUUUGUCUUUUUUAUUUAUUUAAUUUUCUUGGUUUGGAGAUGGUAGUCCCAAACACCAGAGUCUGUACUUUUCUAUCACACAGCUCAGAUUAAGGUAGGCAUAUGCCAAGGAGGUCCUCACCUCCCUAAAGAAGGGACUUUAAUUUUAGGGACUUUAAUUCACCUCUUCCUUCAAUACAACUUUUCCCCUUCUUCUUUGCACAUGCCAAGAUAACUGCUUUUAUGCAGGCUUUACCCCUUGAAAAAUCCAUCCUACAGUGCUGCUCACAAGAGAGCCCAAGUUAGCCUCCUAACUGUGUUGCUGACUUGAAUUCACAGUCACCAAGUCUACCUAUCUUUCUUGGAAGCAGUCCAACAAAAUUCCUAUUUGUACAUUCACUAACUCUCUACAAGGACAAAAAAUGGUAUUUACAAAACUCUUUAAUUUUUUUUCUUACUGAAACUUGUUUUGUGAAUACUAUAUGCGUAGCUUAAAUAUCACUUUCUUAUGAAUAAUAUAACUUCAAAUUGUAUAUAUAAAAAAAAGCGAGUCUUGUUUUUUUCUAUGAAAACAAUUGGUGGCAAAGGUUUCCAAUUAUUCUUUAAUAAUGCAAUCCCAAGGGUCAGCAUAUUUUGAUAUAAAAUUAAAGAUCACAUCUCUUCUUUUGUUUUUAAAAUAUACGAACACACCACAGAUUAUGUUGGCAUGUUUUGUUCAUUUUUAACAAACAAAAUACUUGUCUGAGAUUUGAGGGAAAAGAUGCUUUUUUCAACUUUCUAAAAGGGUAUUCAUUUUUAUAAACUUAGCUCAAUGGUGACUUUAAAAGUAUAUUCUUGGUUAUUUAAAAUUGUUAGUCUAUACUAACUACAUUUCAGUUUGAAAAAUAGGUUUUAAAAAAUUAUUCUCUGACAGUAUCUUUUAUAUAGAGCCAUAAGAAGGGAACCCAGUGUAUAAUUCCUUUUUAUCUGGGAAUCAGGGAAUAUUUCCCAAAUAUACAGGAUUACUAAUAAGAUUUUUUUCCUCCCUUCAUAUAUAAGUUCAUAACUCAAAUUGAAAAUUAUUGCAAUAGCCAUUAGAAAAGGUCAGGAGACUUCAGAAAAAAACAAAAAAAACUACACCUUUUUUAUAGGAUGAUGGAUCUGAUUUACCAAUGUACUGUCGCAGAUGAGUCGUUUUGUUUAAGUAGGCAUCAAAAUAUAUUGUUCUGCAGCAGAUCACCAACACCUUGACUUCUUUGUUACAGUGCUAGUGUCUAUUUCCUGUGCAGUUUUCCAUUAAGCUGGGUGGAAGUUCAGUAUUUUGACAUUUGGAAUGAUUAGUUAUAUAAUGUCUGCUUCCAGCCAGUCAGAAACAUCUAGCCAUACCUUUCUUAUGCAAGCCAUUCAGUUAUCAGGACUGUGAAUUAACACUGUAUGAAUAAAUUUCUGUACACCUUAUUGUUUGGCCAGAAGGCCACCAAGUGUACUUAUAUGUAAUCCUUAAAUUUUAAAGUAGCUGUAAUUUUUAAAUCUUUCUUAACUUUUCUUAAACCACUAAAAUUAAGCUCUUACUCCUUAGUCAACAUCCUCAGCUGUAUUCGUGCUCAACUGUCAGUAUGGCACAGGUGACUGUAUUAAAAUAUGCUCCUUUCCUCUUCAUAUUUACCUUCUGAGGUAAUUUUUUAACUUAAUGUGUUACUACAAAGAUUUGCAGAUCUUUAAUCAAGCACUAUGUUAAUACUGUAAUAUCAAAAUACUAUGUUGCAUUAUUUAAAAUGUUCAAAUUGAAUAGAUUAAAAGGAAGUUUUUAAAUGCUGUUGCAUCAUAUAAUUUGCUACUCCUCCACUGUGGCAUCGCAUAUUAGUCUAUUAAUACAUUUAAUGUUGCACGAGUGAUGUUUUGGUCUGGGUUUCCUCUUAAGAUUUAGUUUGUCUAAAUUAGGAAAAUAUUUUUGACAUACUUUUAAUUUUGCUCCCAUCCCCCAAUAAUCAGCUGGAAAUCUUAACCCUUUGGGUUUUUUUGGUGUUUUAAUGGGCCCAGAACUGUGGUUUAAAUUUUUAUAUAUGUAUUUUCAUUUUUAUGGAGUAUUAAUUAAAAAACUGGAUUUGGGACCUAAAAUACUCCUCAGGUUGAUGUGUUCAUGAAAUCUUAAAACCGUUUUAGUUCUCAAAGUAAACUGGAUUUGUGGACCUUAAAGUUACUGAGUUUAAACUACAAAUUGUAAUAUCAUUACUGGACACAUCAGCAUCAACCCUCUCAGAAUAGCUUGGUCACUUUAUGAAGGGGCAUUUUAAAGUUGUUUAGCAGUGACAUUUAAUAUGGUCCAAUUGCUUUUUUUUUAAUUAACAUGACAUAAAAGAAUAAGGAACAAACACUAUUGCUGCCGAAUGCCAUAACACUGAGUUGUACAAAUUGUGAUUGAGGAAAUGAAAAGGUUUAUACUUUUUAAAAAAAAAAAAUAAGAAAAAAAAACAAAAAGCAAAACUUCAAAUGGAAUAAAUUAUUCAUGAAGCCUUCAUUGUGGUGUCUUAUUCUGUUGAAAAUAUUUCCAUGGUAUAUAUUGCAAAAUUAGUAGCCUUAUCAUUUUUGUGUUAUUCAUAAUAAGAAAAAAAAGCAACCCAGAAACUGACUAAACAGCUUUUAACUUGUCUACACAAAGUAUUUGGAAAAAACUAUUCAUAUAUCAGCAUGUAGGGUAAUUAUAUAUGCGUAUAUAGCUUUAUAUAUACCUAUAUAUACAUAUAUGUAUAGGUGUAUAUAGAUAUACAAAUCCCAUUUAAGAUGAUGAAUUUGAUAUCCGUUUCCUAACACUAUGUUCAUAUAUUUAGAACUUAACUAUGUCCUUUUUUAAUUUCAUUGCAUAGAGUUUUAAGUAUAAAGAAGUGUUCAGAUGUAAGCAAUCUAUCCCACAAAGCUCUAUUUUCUGGAAGCAGCCAUUUAAAAUAUUUCUGUCCAGAUUUAAAAUCAAUAAGGAUAUAACUGAAAAUGUGUGGUCAUUUUCAAAUAGUUGCUGUCAACAAAAUUUUUAUAUAACAAUUCUUUAAAAAGGAGAUAAAUGUUGUUGAAACUGCCUAUCGUAAAAUAUUUUCUGUAUUGCAGUUUACAUGAUCUCUGAUUUGUUUUUACUAUAGUAUUAUGUAUGACUAAAAACUAUGCAAUUCAAGCUUUUUUUGGUAUUCACUUCUUGCACGGCUACACACAGAUUUUUAUAUUUGUAGUUUUCAGUAUUGAAAACCUGGGUCUGAAUAAUCCUAUUGAAUGCUUUACUGAAAGAAAUGAACUUUUCUAUAAAAGCAUAUCAGAUGCUUGUUUGUACUAUGCAUAAGGUAUUGGUACACUUCCAGAAUUUGAGCCACUUAGAGAUCGAUGUAUUUGCUACCUUAAGCAAAUAACAGUUUUUACAUUGUGGCCCAGCACACUCCAUCGUGGUGAAUCCCAAGACCUGAAAUUGAAAGCUUAAAUUUUUUACUGGUGAGUCCAUUCCCUGAAAAUCUUUUCUUGCAAAAUUUCCUGCCAGAGUUGUACUUGUGAAGUCCUUUAAAGUAAAGAACUAUAUCAUAAGAGGUAAAAGCAUGUGAAAUAUGAACAUUUUGAAAUGUUCUAGAAGGAAUUAAUAAAUUGCACAUGAAAAUUAUCUUGACCUCUGGGUCUCAGUAGCAUAUUAUUUAUGACUAUAAAUGUAUGUAUUUGUUAAUUAAAUUGAAGUGACUUGAAACAAUCACAACUAUUACUCUAGAUAAACUUUUUUAUCACUUUAGAAAAAAAUGCUGCAUACUUGAGUUUUUGUCUUGUUUUUCUGUUUAGUCAUUUUAUAAUCAAUAUGUCUUAUAGGAAUUGUUACAAAAAUAUUUUGGAAAUAUGGUCAUAGAUAAUCUAGUGGCAAACAAUCCAUUUCAGGAUCAGGAUAAAAUUAGAAAUGCAGUGUGAACCGUAUUCAAACUAUUUGAUGUAAAUGACCUUUGAAAAAUAGAUUCUACGGAACCAUGGACAUUAGAUUGGAACCAUCUAUUUUUCAGCAUGUUAAAUGAAAAUAUCCAGGAUUUGUUUCACAAGGCAUUAAAGGAAAUUUUACUGUUAA